ACUCAGCUCCCCGGCCCAAGAGCAACGCCUGCCCCUCGUCCGGUCCUGCUCUCGCUGCCCGCUGCCAGGAUAGGCGAUGGCCGGAGGUUGGGGUGUCCCGCUGGCGCUGCUGGCAGUGCUGACCCUGCAGGGCGCGGGGGCCGUGAAAGUGCGGCAUGUGUUGAUCCAGGCCGAAUUCUACCAGCGGGCUGAGACGCUGCAGCAGGAGGGCGGCGAGUUCAUGUUUGAUUUCGAUGGGGACGAGAUCUUCCACGUGGACCUGCAGAAGACAGAGACCGUCUGGCGCCUGCCCGAGUUCGGGAACUUCGCCACCUUCGAGGCGCAGGGAGCUCUGCAGAACAUGGCAGUAUCAAAACAGAACUUGGAGAUCAUGAUUCAAAGGUCCAACCGCUCGCAGGCCACCAUCGUGCCACCUGAGGUGACGGUGUUCUCCGAGGACCCCGUGGAGCUGGGGGACCCCAACAUCCUGAUCUGCUACGUGGACAAGUUCUGGCCAUCCGUCAUCACCAUCACGUGGCUGAGGAACGGGCAGGUGGUGACGGACGGCGUCCUCGAGACCGUUUUCUACCCACGGGAGGACCACAGCUUCCGCAAGUUCUCCUACCUGCCCUUCAUCCCCACCCGGGGGGACUACUACGACUGCCGUGUGGAGCACUGGGGGCUGCCCACCGCCCUCCUGAAGCACUGGGAACCCCAGGUGCCCCUCCCCGCCUCCGAGAGCACCGAGACCCUGGUGUGCGCCCUGGGCCUGGCCGUGGGCAUCGUCGGCAUCAUCGCGGGCACCAUCCUCAUCAUCAAGGCCAUGAAGAUGAACAGCGCCCGCAACCAGCGGGGCGUCUUGUGAGGGGGCAGGGGCCAGAGCUCCCAGCCUCCCCCCAGCUGGACCCUCUGCACCCUCAGUCAUCCCUCACAUUAGCCUCGCGGGAGCUGCUCACCCUGGUGACCCAUAUGCCUGCCCCACCUCGUCAGCACCCCCCUCUCCUGUGCACACCACCCGCAGAAAUGCUGGAGACGGCUCCAGAGCCAGACCUGGCAGAGUCCGGUUCCCACAGGGGACUGGGCUGCUUCCCAUGGCUGGGGCAAGCUCGGGUGGCACCUGGGGCUGCUUCAGCACACCCCCUGCCAGGGGAAACUGCUGCAGAGCCCGGGAUCCUACACUGGUCCCGGUAUCCAACCCACACCACUGCUGUGCUGGGGCUGCCCUGCCCACAGCCCCUGGCCCCACGGCCAUCUCCAGCUGGGGAUGUGGCGUCUCCUCCCAGCCCAGAUGCGGGGUCUCCCCUGCAGACCCCUGAAGGGAGGGGAGGUGUGCCCUACCCCAAAGCUCCCCCUCGGCACACAGUCCUGCACCCUCCACUCCUGCUAUGCUGCUUUGUCGCUACAAUAAAGUGGAUUGGGGUUGAUCCUGCCAUGCAACCCUCA